GUCCAGUCAGUUCCUUAACGGUUUUACGAUGUUGCACUUAAAUUGUGCACUUGAAGUAUCAGAAAUUCAUUCCCAAUAUCUUUGCAAUAUGCUUCGUACCUAGUAAUGACCUGGGCUUGGCCUAGUCUAGUAUAGAAAUCAAUUUAUGAAUAAAUCCACGUGUAGCGGGACAGGAUACUUUGAGUUGAAAUCCAACCAUCCAUGCCCCUGCAAAAAUCGACGGCCAGAUGAAAGUAAGUUCUGUCACAAUCUAACGUCGCUCACUGCAGCAGCAGGGAUGAGCGGAACUGGGGUUGUCUGCACUUUUUCUACCUGUUCAAUCACAAGGGGUGGGGGUUGGACGGCCAAUGACAUGACCAACUGUUCUGUUGCGUGAUCACAUGGUUGUUCAGGGUCGAUUACACCGCUUUCUACGCCCAUGACACAAACACCCACAGGACUCGCCAUUGCUGCAGCGUAUACUGGCCUCAUCUGAGAGAUGGCAUUAUCAACUAUCCCGCAUGCUCAACAUAAUCGCGACAAUAUCAAACCACCGUCGUCUUUACACAGAGAUACCAUUGAUCAUACCCCCGAAGAGCUCCAGCUUGGGCUCGUAUCUCGGGGACCAAUGCUGAACCCGUCCGGAAGAACGGCCCAUUCGAGUUCAGUAUUGGUUCCAGACAAUCUGAGCUUCAAUGUUGGGCAACAAGAUAGAAAUGGCUCGCUGGAGGAUCAGACUUCCCGCCUGCCAUUCCGCCGGCUUAUGGCGGCCUACCUUUGCCUCGCACUUAUUUACUUCAUCUCAACACUCGACAUCAAUUCCGUCGCGACCGCACUACCGGCCAUCUCUCGGUCGUUGAAUGCCGGAAGCAGUAUCACAUGGGCGGGUACAGCCUACCUUAUGGGCCAAACCUGUUUUCAAGCACUAUACGGUCGACUUUCUGAUAUCUUUGGUCGUAAACCGAUUUUAUUGGCGUCCAUCGGGUGCUUGAUUGUGGGCGAUAUCAUGUGUGGCUUUGCCAAAAACAUAACUUGGCUUUACGUAUGUCGUGCAAUUAGUGGUGUAGGAGGUGGGGGUAUCAGCUCGCUUGUGCAGAUUACAGUCAGUGACCUUGUGAGCUUGAAGGAGCGUGGAAAAUACCAGGGCAUGCUGAGCGGUGCUAUCGGACUGGGUGCCGGCACCGGCCCUUUCCUGGCAGCUGCAUUUAUCGAUGGAAGCCAAAGCAAAAGCGAUACCUGGCGAUGGAUCUUCUGGGUACCGCCGAUUUUAGCUGCAUUCUGCCUCGUCGCCAUGUGGAUAGCUCUUCCGCUGAAGCCUGUAACGGGUAGCUGGCGCGAAAAGCUCGCCAAGAUCGACUGGUUUGGGCUUUGCGCUGCGGUUAUAGCUGUGGUCUUCGUUCUCGUCCCAAUCAACUCUGGUGGAAGCAUUUUUCCCUGGAACAGCGCUCUCGUCAUCUCCAUGAUAUCACUAGGUGGCUUCUUUUUCAUCGUCUUGGCCGUCAUCGAGAAGAGCUUCGCCCAAAUUCCCAUGAUCCCGCUACGUCUGUUUGCACAUUCAGCUACGGCGGUGAUCAUGCUCCAGAGCGCUCUUUACAACGCGGCAUGGCAGGUCGACAUCUACUUCUUGCCUAUUUACUUCCAACAAGUUCGUGGCUACUCUGCACUACAAAGUGCGGCUCUCGUGCUUCCCCUCUUGCUGCUUCAGAGUUUCGCUGGUGUCGCUUCUGGUCCGAUUAUGAGUAAGCUUGCAAGAUAUGGCCCUGUUUUGUACUCGGGAAUGGUGCUUUGGACCCUGGGUGCGGGCUUGAAAAUUCUUUUCUCAACUGACAGUUCCGUGGCUGUCUACGUUAUAGUACUAGCAAUCGAGGGGAUCGGCAUUGGCUUUGUCCUGCAGCCAGCAUUGGUCGCUUUACAAGCACUAUCCAAGAGGGAAGAUCGCGCAGUAGCCACAUCAACACGGAACCUCAUGCGCAUGCUUGGAUCGGUAUUUGGCAUGGCAUCGUCGACGGCUAUCAAGUACGCCGUUACCAAGGCCGCACUUCCACCGAGCAUGCCCUCGGACCUUCGGGCAGCUGUGAUGGAUGGAACCUGGGACAGGGAAAACGGUGCUUCUGCGGAAUGGGCAACGUCUAUCCUCGAGGCCGAGAUGGGCGGCAUCCGCGCUGUUUUUGUCAUGUUAGCUCCAUUGGUGGGACUAUGCCUCUUGGGAUGUUAUUUCAUCCCUGAUAUUACUUUGGAAGGUGACGAAAAGACAGACAACCAGAACGCGAAUCAUCAAAUGAAGUAAUCGGGGUUCCAAAUGUCAUUAUUGGAUGUUUUGGUGUGCUAGAGGCCAUAACACUGAGUCGUGUCGUACACCUGGACGAAGCAGUUACAUGUAGCUCUUCUAAAUCGCCAGAGCGAAAGUUCGGGUGUUCAAUCUCAACACAGCGCAACUAUUCCUCGAUCAGUUCAUCUAUAUCCACAAACCUCGAGAUCCAUAUUGGAUGUAAUUAUUUUGAGAAUUGGCAUACAUAGAUAUAUAAAUGAGUUUGUCACUG